AUGAAGUGGUCUCUGUGGGUCACUCUCCUCCCGGCUGUUUUUUGUACCAUUGGAACCAUCUUCAACUCCUUUGUGAUGAGUAUAUAUUUAAAGGACUGGUGCAGGAAGAAGGGUCUGAAGGUGUGUGAUCAGAUCCUACUCAGUAUGGCAUUCACCAGCACCAGCCUGCAGUGGGUUGUCACACUGAGUCCCAUAGUAUUCUAUAUGGAGAGUCAUAUGGUAGUGCCCAGAGAGGUCUUCUUCUGUCUCUUUGUUAUAGAUUUUUUCCUGAUUGAGGCUACAUUUUGGCAGUUGGCCAUUCUCUCAACCUAUUACUGUGUCAAACUGUUUGACUUUACCUUUUCAUUCUUCAGAUGGGUGAAACGGCUUAUCUCUGGGUAUACUACUCAGCUCCUGCUGAUUUCUGCCGCCAUUUGUCUUGCUAUAAAUGUCCCUUUUGUUUGGGCGCUCCAAUUAAACAAUCCUGAGAAUGGGACAAAAGACACGAGGGGGGCAGGUUACAUUCCUACUAUUAAUAUUUAUUAUAGUGUGUUUCACAUAAUGUGUGGUUGCUGUUUGCCUUUUGCUAUAACAUUCACUUGCAUUGUGCUCAGCGUGGGAUCCCUCAUGAGACACGUCUGGAGGAUCAGGAGCAACGCUCUUCAGUUCAGCUCGUCCCCUCAGCUUGUUGGCCACAUUCAGGCAGCUGCCAUUAUGGUUCUUUGUGUGGUACUUGACUUAUCGUUCUUUCUGACUGUUACUGGCUUACUGGCAACGUCAUUUCAGAGUGCGGGAAUUCGAGACUCAAUCUUUUGGGCUGUUUUUAUAUCAUAUCCCACAACUCGAUCCAUGGUUGUGAUAAUUGGAAACCCCCAACUAAGGAGAAGGAUGGUGGAGAUGUGUGCUUCAUCUUCUUAA